GGCUUGCGCCUCCGGGACAUGUACGACGGCCAGACUUGGUCCUCAAACCCUAUAUUGAAGAAGAUUCUUGAGGAAUGUCGGGCGUAGGCUGGAUGAUGGAGCUGGCCUUAGCAGGCAAGUACGAGCUGCAGGAAGACCCGCUUGCAAUUGAAAAUGGGGCGCUACAGGUGGGUAAGCACGAGAAGAUGAUAGGUGGGGUGUACCUGCUGGCAAAUGAGCUGAUUCAGGAAGAGACGGUCAUAAAUACGGUACUAGACCAGGAAGAGGAGAUAGAGCCGGAAGGAGGUGACAACGUGAUCCACGAGAGAGAAGAUGAUGACUUCGAAGAGGGGGAGAUCAAGGAAGCGUUUCGAGCAGAGGAGUAUAAGGGGGUACACCUUGAGCUUGGCAUGCUUCUUUCGUGCGAGAUGAGGUGCCUGCGCGCGAGCUUGACACCGCUCGGGGCAGCCAUGCCAAGAGGGAGGGGAGCGGGAGGGUCAGUGGAAAUCCCUUUGGGGGCGACCAGACAGAGGACGCGGAUGAGGACCAGGAGAGAGAACAGGCCUUCAGUCUUCCAGGGAGGGAACAUCAAGUUAAUCCUGAUGGAGUUCGAGCGACAUGCGCGAGAGUUUGGGCGGGACAGCACCAGGAUGCUGAGAGAGGUACGAGUCAUAGGCGAGUGGGCAGACCCCAUUGCCAACCUGGUCAGAGAGUCGUUGAGUUGGCCAGACUUUGGGCGGAAGAUGGAAGGUCUGCAUCCGUCACCACAGGGGAGGGAUGGACAACCCAUCCGAUUCGACUUCACCAACUCAUGGGAGUUCUUGUGGGCCUAUGACCGAUAUGCAGACGAGCUUGAUAUCCCAGGAGAGCAGAGAGUGAGGAGCUUCCUGUUGUUUGUGAGACACCAUAUCAGAUCCUUUGUUCGAUCCAUCGUAGGGUCUGCCAUGAACUGGGGGCACUGCAAAAAGCUGCUAUGGAACUACUAUACUCCAGCUCGUCAGACGGGUGAGAGAAGAGGCAUGAAAAAGAGAAGAAGGGAACCCGAGGCAGAGGAAAGAGGAACCUUUGAGCAGGACACAUUAUCAGAGGCUCAGAGGGAGGAGAGGAGGAAGGAACACAAGUCCCACAGGCACGAGAGGGCUGAGGGAGUAGGGGGUUUAGGCGCACCUCCGCAACCUGAUUAUAGGGAGGUGGAUCACCCUAUGCCAUAUAUGGAGCCGGACAGGCCUCAGGAGCCGCACGUACAGGAACAGAGAGAGGUUCGGUCUGCUGAGGAGAAGGAGUUGGACAGGAAAGAGAGAGCAGCAAGGGAACAAGAGAUCAGGACCCAGCUCAGGAUGAAGAACCUUACAGAGUUGCAUGAGAGGAUGCAGCAAGGGAAAGGGCCUGAGGAGGUGGAGGACAGAAAAGGAAAGGGUACCUGCACUCAGGAGGAGGACCCUCCUCUUUUCUCUGAGGUCUGGAUGGGCUUCGAUAAGCUGAUGGACGCCACAGGAAGAUCAGGGGGACAACAACAGGAGAAGGGGGUUAAGUUGGUCUCUACAGACCUACUCAACCUGAAGGGCAUGAUGAGAGAAGGCUUCGCGGCAGCCAGGGCAUCAGAUCAGAAGAUUGGGGACAGACUGACAAAGGUGGCACCGAAGGCAUAUAGCCAUAGAGUGGACUGGGAAAGAGAAGCUGAGGACCUGAAGAAGGAGCUGGAAAGACAGGGCAAAGAGUUGGAGGCAGUAAAGGCAGACAUGGAAAAGGUCUCAGCAGAGAAUAAGGCCGUCAGACAAAUCAACCAGCCCCUUAACAAGGUCACUGACGCCCUGAGGGCCUAUUUGUGUGCACAACUGACCUUCUUCCAGGUCAAGGAGACUGAGUGGGAGAAAAAAAUCCGAGACCUCGAAGCCAAGUAUGCCCAGCAAGCCCCCACUAGAGUGGUGGAUUGGACAGAGGUCCAAAGGUUCGAAAUCAGGAAACAUCCUGUAGAGGAGGUUCUCAAGAAGGAAAAGGAAGUGGAGAAGGCAGACCAGCAGGAGGGUGAGGAAAUCCCUCUGAUCGACAAGGAGAUUUUGAAACCGUCAGAGGCACUGGCAAAGGAAGGCACGAAGGUCGGAGAGUUCGAGUGGAGAAUGCCAGCUGGUCUGACACUGGGACAUGAGCCAGCAGUACCACAGGAGGGACCACCAGUUGAGGCGAUGGGGGUGGAGGUAGUUUUGCCUACUACUCAGGAGGAGACUAUGGGACAGUCGGAGGGUCAGGAGAGCAUGGGCCAGACCAUGGCUGGGCUGAGCAGAGAGUGGACCUGAAGGAUUGUCAGGAAUCGAUUACGCUUCAGAAGGUGCCAGUUACUACAGA